AUGGAAACAAAUGUCAAAAAACAAGUGAACAAAACUUAUAACAUUCUGUCAAGUGCUGAAGAAGCCCCUAUUAUUAUUUCUAACACCUUGCCUUUAGAGCAAGUUUCACGGUCUUAUGUGCCAGUUCUUCCCAGAAUUUUUCCCAAAGAAGUACAUUGGAAGCUAUAUCAGAAAAGGUGACCAGGCACUGCAAUAAUAUCACAAAAGUCAAAUUCUUCAGACAUGCCUCAAACAUCCUCCCCAAGAAGACCUCCCUUCAAGGUAUGCUAUAUCUGUGGCAGAGAAUUUGGGUCACAAUCUAUUGCUAUACACGAACCUAAGUGCCUAGAGAAGUGGCGUAUUGAGAAUGAUCGGCUACCAAAGCACCUUAAAAGGCCAGAGCCCAGGAAACCUGAGGUCCUUACUGGUUCUGGUUCCUAUACACUUACAGAUGAAAAUGAAGCAGCUUAUUAUAGUGCUCAGGCCCAGCUGGUGCCCUGUAGAAAGUGUGGCCGAACCUUUUUUCCUGACCGUCUCCCUGUGCACGAAAGGUGUUGCAAAGGAGGUGGCGCUACCGCUAGUAAAUCUGGUAAAGCACCAAGAUCUGGACCUGCCUCAGCAAGUGGUGAUCCAUCUGAGGCCCAGCAAGGAAUGAGCAGGGCUGCACCAGCUGUAUCAGACCAGGCAAAAGUGAUAAGACGGCCACCAACAGUGAUUUGCUACAUAUGUGGCCGUGAGUAUGGAACAAAAUCUAUUAGUAUACAUGAGCCACAAUGCCUGAAAAAAUGGCACCAGGAGAAUGACAACCUCCCCAAGCACUUGAGAAGGCCAGAACCCAAAAAACCUGAAGUCAGAACUGUGCAAGCCAAAGGUUUCUAUGAUCUUGAUGCUUUAAAUGAGGCUGCCUGGACCAGUGCCCAAGCCCAGCUAGUUCCAUGUGAUAUUUGUGGGCGUACUUUUCUUCCAGACAGACUGAUCGUCCACCAGAGGUCCUGUAAACCGAAACCUGCAAAGUGA